UACUUUAUCGAAUGCUACCCACCUCUCAAGCAGGUCGCGGCCCUAGCACAGGAUGCCGAACAAAGCGUCGUAGUCUCGAGAGAUCUUGCAGGAGUCCAAUCCGCAUGUCGACAACACAGCAUCGCCAUUGUGCUCGGGCUUUCUGAGCGAGUCGCUGACGGCCACACUCUGUUCAACUCACAGGUCUACAUCUCUGCUAAUGGUGCUAUCAUCGGUGUUCAUCGCAAGCUGCAACCGACCUUCGUCGAGCGCGUUGUUUGGGCACAAGGCGGUGGCCUUGAUGAAAAAUCAUGCCCUCGCUGUACAGGUGUUCGUCCUCUGCACAAGCAAUUCAGUUGA